AUGGAAAAUCAAAUCAAUUCAUGUAUAUACGAUCAACAGAAGAUAUCAAGAAUCCAAUUCCAAUCUACUACGGAGUCAACGUGGACGAGGUAUGAAGACAAGCUUUUUGAGAGAGCUUUGGUGGAUGUUCCGGAGAAUAUUACAGAACGGUGGGAUGAGAUAGCAAAAGCCGUUCCAGACAAUUAUGAUGAAAAGGAAUCGAUUGUGAGUUUGGAUUCCGAGCUGAGAAGAAGUCAGAUUUCUUUUAGGGCAGCGGGAAGGGGGUCUAGACAUGGAGAAUGUGAGAGGAAGAAAGGGACUCCCUGGACACAAGAAGAGCACAGGAAUUUUCUGAAGGGGUUGAAGUUGUACGGAAAAGGUGAUUGGCGGAGCAUAUCAAGGAACUGCGUGAUCACAAGGACACCAACACAAGUGGCCAGCCAUGCCCAGAAAUAUUUCCUCCGACAGAGUUCACUGACAAAAGAAAGGAAGAGAGCAAGCAUCCACGACAUAACCACCACAAUGGUGAUGCAGCCACCGCUGCCCACUAGCGGCCAAGGUGGAGCACUACACGGCAUCAUUGAUAUGACAGGAAAAUCUCUAGUAAACUUUACACGCAUCAAUGAGAUGUACCCGACAAGUAAUCAUGUGUUUCAAGAUCAAAAGGAAAAUGACAUACUAGGGUAA